AUGUGGAUCUCUUCGAGAUCACGAACGGGAAUUAGGGUGGACGGACAACCGAUAGAACUCAUCGAUGAGUUCUGUUACCUGGGCUGUACGCUGAAGAACAACGGUAGCUACGAGAGAGAUGUUCAGCAAAGAUGCGCUAAGGCCACUUCUGCAUUUAAUUCCUUAACGAAAUGCCUGUGGUUGACCCCCAACGAAGUCAAGCUGCGAGUCUACCUGUCUGCAAUUCGCCCCAUUAUGAUGUACGGAUCGGAGACUUGGGCAGCACCAUCAACGGUUAUGGAGAAGCUUGACUGCCCGGAACGAAAGCCGCUUAGACGGUGA